AUGCUCUCAAAAAUCAAAAGCGCAGCCAAGCGCAUUGUCGGAGCGCCAGAAGAACCAGUCCCCGUCGUCAGCGUAGGACACUGGGUCCGCAACCUAUCCCGAGAUCCAAAACAAGAUGCGAUCGACUAUGUGACGGGCAUAUUCCCGAUCUUUACAUGGAUACACCGGUACAACUUUGGAUGGCUCUACGGUGAUCUCGUUGCGGGUCUGACGGUCGGCAUUGUUGCCGUCCCGCAAAGCAUGUCUUACGCUCAGAUCGCGACGCUUCCUGCCGAGUACGGUCUGUAUUCCACAUUCGUCGGCACAUUGGUCUAUUCGCUCUUCGCGACGUCGAAGGACGUCAACAUCGGUCCUGUCGCGGUCAUGUCGCUUACGGUCUCGCAAAUCAUCGCAUAUAUCAACAGGACGCACCCGGGCGAGUGGGAUGGCCCGCAGAUCGCAACUACCGUGGCAUUCAUUUGCGGUUUCAUCGUCCUCGGCAUCGGUAUUCUUAGACUGGGAUGGAUUGUGGAGUUCAUUCCGGCACCGGCAGUCAGUGGGUACAUGACGGGCUCUGCUAUCAGUAUCGUCUCCGGUCAGGUCCCCGGCCUCAUGGGCAUGUCUGGCUUCGACACACGAGCGGCGACCUACAAGGUGAUCAUCGAGACGCUCAAGCAUCUACCAAACACGAAGCUCGACGCGGCGUUCGGUCUGACGGGACUUGUGUCGUUGUAUACAAUUCGAUGGACGGCAGACUAUUUCAUGCGGAAAUACCCCCGAAGGCAGCGGAUCUUCUUCUUUAUUUCCGUCUUCCGCAAUGCGUUCGUCAUCAUCAUCCUCACGCUCGCAUCGUUCCUUUUCUGCCGGCACCGGAAGUCGAAGUCAGGCAAAUAUCCCAUCAAAGUCUUGGGAAACGUCCCGCGUGGUUUCCAGCACCUCGGGCCCCCGCACAUAGACCCCGAGCUUGUCACGGCGCUCGCCAGCCAGCUACCGGUUGCCACAAUCAUUCUUGUGCUCGAGCACAUUGCGAUCUCCAGAUCCUUCGGCCGUGUGAAUAAUUACAAGAUCAACCCCAACCAGGAAUUCAUCGCCAUCGGGGUAACCAACACCAUCGGCACCCUCUUCGGCGCAUACCCUGCCACCGGUUCCUUCUCUCGUUCCGCUCUGUCGUCCAAGUCUGGAGUGCGCACCCCUGCAGCGGGCAUCAUCUCCUCCAUGAUCUGCCUCGUCGCGCUGUACGGCCUCACGCCCGCGUUCUACUACAUCCCCAGCGCGGGCCUCUCCGCCGUCAUCAUCCACGCCGUCGCAGACCUCGUCGCCUCGCCGCGCCAGGUGUACUCCUACUGGCGCGUGUCGCCCGUCGAGUUCGUCAUCUGGUUCGCCGCGGUCCUCGUCACCGUCUUCUCCACGAUCGAGGACGGCAUCUACACCGCCAUCGCGACGUCCUUCGCGCUCAUGCUCGUACGCCUCGCGCGCCCGCGCAGCUACUUCCUCGGCAAGGUCAAGCUGCGCGCGAACGCGAAGUCGGAGGCGGAGACGCGCGACGUGUUCGUGCCGCUCGAGCCGAAGGCGAGCCUGAUGAACCACGCGGUGAAGGUGACGCCGCCCGCGCCGGGCGUCAUUGUGUACCGCUUCGAGGAGAGCUUCAUCUACCCGAACUCGUGGCUGCUCAACAACGUCAUCGUGGACUACGUCAAGGCGAACACGCGGCGCGGCCGGGACAUGAGCACGAUCAAGCUCAGCGAUCGGCCAUGGAACGACCCCGGGCCUCGGCCUGGGCAGGACGAAAAUGCCGAGAAUCUGGGGAAGCCUAUGCUGCAUGCAAUCGUGUUCGACUUCUCUGCGAUUUCCCAGGUCGAUACCACCGCCAUCCAAGCUCUCAUUGAUACUCGAAUAGAGGUCGAGAGAUGGACCGACCGACCAGUUGAGUUCCACUUCGCAACUAUCCUAUCACCAUGGGUCCGCCGAGCCCUCGUCGCGGGCGGCUUUGGCACCGGAGCCCCAGCAUCGAGUGUCCCAACAGAGAUCGCUGCCGUCGUCCCCUAUCGAGACGGACAGUCGAGUCCUGUCUCCGUUCCCGCGUCCGGCGACCUCGAGUCUUCGCUUGUGAGCGAAGAGCCACGAGCAGGUAGCGAGGAGAGCGCGCCGAUCGAUCUCCAGGACACGCCCUUCUUCCACUUUGACCUUGCCUGUGCUGUCCGCUCGGCUGAGAGUGGCCUGGAAAGACGGACAGCGUCGUCGCGGUCAAGUCUGUACAAGUCAGAGGAGCUUCGCGAUGACAAGGCUGUGAUGGAGUGA